GCUGGUGUCAAUACGGACAGAGCAGGGAGAAGUCCAGGUUACUGUGCAACUGGUUUAUUGCUUUCUGCAAAUAUUCUUAUGGAAUGUUGAGUAAUCUGUUCUGUUUAAAGCCAGGGAUUGAAAUAGAACCAUGCUUACUAUUGCUACAAGAUAGAAAUGCAGUUUGAUUAGUGUUUCUAUGAAUACACCCCUGAUAUAGGAACCCUUUAUUUUUAUAGAGCAGCAGAUCGUUUCAUUGCAUGCACCCAGCAAUACAGAGCUAUUGCUAAUGGUUACAGAUCUUUAGUUAACACCGAGUUAACGAUUAAAGUGCCAUAAAUCUUAAUUGUCAUUGCAGAGCUGGUGUGUUUCUGUGACUGGUGAUGUUUGCUCGGCUCCCCCUCUCUCGCAUUCUGCUCCUGCCUCGUAGAAUGGCUUCCACAUCGGGUGCCUCCGGGCUCCCAGCUUCCCUCCUGCGAUCAGCUGCCUAUAUUGGGGGCUCCUGGCUCCGCAGCUCGGACUCCGCGUCCUUCCCAGUGCUGGACCCGGCUACUGGUGCGGAACUGGUGCAAGUGAGUGACUGUGGCCCCAGAGAGUGCAGGGAGGCACUGAAAGCUGCGUCGGAGGCCUUCCAGACCUGGAGAGAGGUGCCAGCCAAGGAGAGAAGUAUCCUAUUGCGCAAGUGGUAUGAAUUAAUGAUCCAGAAUAAAGACGAUCUUGCCAGGAUCAUCACAGCGGAAAAUGGAAAACCCAUGAAAGAAGCCCUUGGGGAGAUUAUGUAUGCAGCUGGCUUUUUUGAAUGGUUUUCAGAGGAGGCACGACGUAUAUAUGGAGAUGUGAUAUCUGUACCAUUGAAGGACCGGAGAGCCUUAACACUCAAGCAACCUAUAGGAGUGGCAACAAUUAUUACACCAUGGAACUUUCCCAGUGCUAUGAUCACCAGGAAGGUGGGAGCUGCGCUUGCUGCCGGCUGCACUGUUGUGGUAAAACCAGCAGAAGACACUCCUUUAUCGGCAUUGGCGCUUGCAGAGCUUGCUCAGCAGGCUGGGAUCCCAUCAGGUGUCUAUAAUGUGGUUCCUUGCUCCAGAGAGAAGGCUCCAGCAGUUGGAGAAAUCCUGUGCACAGAUCCCUCUGUAGGCAAAAUUUCCUUCACUGGAUCCACCGCGACAGGAAAGAUCUUGCUUCGCUAUGCAGCUGAUUCCGUGAAGAGGGUAUCUAUGGAACUCGGGGGACAUGCCCCAUUCAUUGUGUUUGACAGUGCAAAUGUUGACCAGGCUGCUGCCGGUGCUCUUGCCUCAAAGUUCCGUAAUUCCGGCCAGACCUGUGUCUGCUCAAACAGAUUUCUAGUACAGAAAGGGAUACACGAUGCGUUUGUGAAAAAAUUAGCAUCUCUGAUUCAGAAGGAGCUACAUAUUGGAAAUGGAUUUGAAGAGGGAGUAACACAAGGCCCACUAAUCAAUGAGAAGGCAGCACUUAAGGUGGAGCAACAUGUACGUGAUGCUGUAUCUCAGGGAGCCCGCAUCGAAACGGGCGGCAAGCCAUCCACCUAUGGCAAGAAUUUUUAUGAGCCAACUCUACUCAGCAAUGUCACAACGAAUAUGCUGUGCACGCAAGAGGAAACAUUUGGGCCUCUAGCUCCAGUGAUCAAGUUUGACACAGAAGAAGAAGCUAUUGCUAUUGCAAAUUCUGCUAAUGUAGGCCUUGCAGGAUAUUUUUAUUCUCAAGACCCCGCACAAAUCUGGAGAGUGGCUGAACGUCUUGAAGUAGGCAUGGUUGGAGUGAAUGAAGGUUUACUGUCAUCUGUUGAAUGUCCAUUUGGUGGAGUGAAGCAAUCAGGCAUUGGUCGAGAAGGAUCAAAAUAUGGCAUUGAUGAGUAUUUAGAAAUUAAAUAUGUUUGCUUUGGAGGUCUGUGAUCUUAUGUAGGUGGAUACAUCUAGUUUCUCAGUAGAAUAGUAUGUAAUGUUUAAUGCAAAACUACCAUCCUCGAGACUUGGUUACCUUUGGGUAAGUGUACAUUUAAUGUAUAGAUUGUGCUUGCUUAAUUGCAAGUAAAUUUAAUCUAAGAGAUAUACUUACCUGAAGACAACUCCUCCUUUAAGAUGGUAGUCAAAAAUGUUCCUGAUUGUUGCAUUUGCAAUCGCCAUGGCCACAAGUGACACAAUGCUUGUUGAAUUGUGUCACAUGAGAAGGGACGUGGCUUGCUGUAAAAUUACAUAUUUGUAGUCUUUAGCUCUAUGCCACUGGCCCAAAUAUUGAAAAUAAAUACAAUUGGAAAAAUCCAAUUUUAUAUAUUUGCUAGCAAAUUGCCAAACACAAAAUGUAGACUUAAUGUUUUCAUCUUUGAGUUUAGUAUCCCUGAUCUGUGAUGAUAUGCAUUGAGAUUUAAAUGCACCUAAUGAUAAAAACCAAAUGUGUCAUUAAAGGUAGGAACUAUUGUAAUUUAAGGCACAUGUCAAUCACCUAAAGGACAAGAAUGCCCUUUUGUUGUGUAAAAAUGCACACAACCUUUUUUGUAAACAUACAUACACACCUAUUGCAUCAUGGCUACACUCCCAAGAAGUUACACUGUAUGGUCAGAGGUAUGUGGAUAUCUUUGUGACAUGUUCUUCUAGAGUUGCAGUCCUCAGAAUAGGGGUCUAUGAAGGAUUCUGUGAAAUUCACUAUGCACAAGAACUUCGAUACUUGUUCUAUCAACAGCUGAUGAGAAAUUGCAAGAUGUAGCUGCGGAGGUUGUUUGAAGCUCUGCUUAUUGUCACAAUUUGCCAAAGUUGGACUCAUAAACGAUAGUCCCUUUUCUUAUCUUUUCACAGCACUGGGAUAUCAUUGAAAUUCCAACAUGGUCUAUAUGAUUUUUUUUUUAUAAACAUUUUACAGUGACAGUGGCUUUUUAAUAAGAGUUACUACUGUACACCUACUGUCCAUCUAACAAAUUGCACAACUAUAUCCUCAUAGUUUUACUGAAAGCCCCGAUGGGGAAAUAGUAUAUAUCAUUUUCUCCUGUAACAUAGAAGGCAAUUUGCUCAGCAAA